UUUCUCUGAGUGGAGGAGUGUAUCUUUUGUGCUGUGUAACCCUGUUUUCUUGUGAGAGACGGCCUGGGAGCGAGACUGCUGUAACGUGAUUCCAGUGCCAGGCAAGGCAAAGAGGAGUGCCUUUUGCUGUUUAGCCGAAUGCUUUGAUAGAUAAUAGCAGACAUGCUUUGUGGGCUGAAAAAGGAUUUGCAGUCUGAUUUUGAUGAUGGGCCUUAUUCAAAAGGAAGCAAAGACUCAGGUGGACUGGACACAGCCUUGGUCUCCAGAAGGCAAAGUAUACCAGAAGAAUUUAGAGGAGUCACAAUUGUGGAGCUAAUCAAAAAAGAGGGAAGCACCCUCGGAUUAACUAUAGCUGGUGGCACUGAUAAAGAUGGGAAGCCAAGAGUCUCUAACCUUAGGCCAGGAGGACUAGCAGCAAGGAGUGAUCAGCUAAAUGUUGGUGAUUACAUCAAGUCAGUGAACGGGAUUAACUUGACAAAAUUGCGACAUGAUGAAAUUAUAAGUCUAUUGAAGAAUGUGGGAGAAAGGGUAAUAUUAGAAGUAGAAUAUGAGCUACCGUUAGCUGCCCCAGAUAAUAGUGCUGGCAUCAUUCCAAAGACCAUUGAAGUUACCCUCUACAAAGAAGGCAAUAGUUUUGGAUUUGUACUACGAGGAGGAGCCCACGAAGAUUGGCAUAAAUCCAGGCCACUAGUACUGACUUAUGUUAGACCAGGUGGCCCAGCAGACAGGGAGGGGUCUUUGAAAAUUGGGGACAGGCUGUUGAGCGUGGAUGGGAUUCCUCUUCACAGUGUGAGUCAUGCUGAUGCACUAAACAUCCUGCGUCAGUGCAGCCAGGAGGCACUCUUCCAGAUUGAGUACGAUGUCUCCAUAAUGGAUAUGGUAGCCAAUGCUUCAGGCCCUUUGCUAGUGGAAAUUGCAAAGGCUCCUGGUUCUGCCCUAGGAAUCACACUAGCAAUGAACACCCAUCGGAAUAAACAGGUCAUAGUCAUUGACAAGAUCAAGCCGGCUAGUGUGGUGGACAGAUGUGGGGCUCUGCAUGUAGGUGACCAUAUCCUUUCCAUUGAUGGGACUAGCACAGAGCAUUGCUCCUUGUUGGAAGCCACCCAGCUAGUAGCAGCCACGUCAGAAAAUGUCAAGUUAGAAAUACUACCUGCUCACCACAGUAGACUUCCCCUCAAGCCUCUGGAUACAGUCAAAGUGCAGAAGAGUGACCACCACCAUUGCUGGGAUCCUUGUGUCAGCUACUGCCAUACCCACCAUCCUGGACAUUGCAAGACACCCACCUGGAAUCAGACAUCCAACCAGGACUAUUGUAAAUCUCUCGUAGCUUCCAACUUUGCAUCUCCCACAAUGAACACAUCAGGGUUGGCCUGCCAGAAUUCCAAUACUCUACCUCGGAGCAAUCAUCCCAUGAGCCCACGGACCACAAUGAUGAGGAGAAGACAGAGGAAGAAGGAGCACAAAAGUUCAUUAUCAUUAGCUUCCAGCACUGUGGGUCCUGGUGGGCAGAUUGUUCAUACAGAAACAACAGAGGUGAUUUUAAGAGGAGACCCCUUGAACGGCUUUGGACUGCAGCUCCAGGGUGGGAUCUUUGCUACUGAAACCCUCUCUUCGCCGCCUCUCAUCCGUUUCAUUGAGCCUGACAGUCCAGCAGAAAGGUGUGGCCUACUACAAGUUGGAGACAGAGUACUUUCCAUCAACAGCAUUGCAACAGAAGAUGGGACAAUGGAGGAAGCCAACCAGCUGUUGCGGGAUGCAGCACUUACUAAUAAAGUCGUGCUAGAGAUUGAAUUUGAUGUGGCAGAAUCCGUCAUUCCAAGCAGUGGUACCUUCCAUGUGAAACUGCCUAAGAAAAGGGGUGUGGAGCUUGGGAUUACAAUUAGUUCAAGCAGAAAGUCUGGUGAGCCUUUAAUUAUCUCUGAUAUCAAGAAGGGGAGUGUAGCACACAGGACUGGCACCUUAGAGCCUGGAGACAAGCUGUUAGCUAUUGAUAAUAUCCGACUUGACAAUUGCUCAAUGGAAGAUGCAGUGCAGAUUUUAAAACAGUGUGAAGAACUUGUCAAAUUGAAGAUCAGGAAGGAUGAGGAUAACUCUGAUGAACAAGAAACCACUGGGGCUAUCAUCUACACAGUGGAAUUGAAGAGAUAUGGUGGACCCCUGGGAAUCACUAUUUCAGGAACAGAGGAACCUUUUGACCCCAUCGUCAUUUCGGGCUUAACAAAACGAGGGCUGGCAGAAAGAACUGGAGCCAUCCAUGUAGGAGAUCGGAUAUUAGCUAUUAAUAAUGUCAGCCUGAAAGGGAAGCCCCUGAGCGAAGCCAUUCAUCUACUUCAAAUGGCUGGAGAGACAGUAACCCUGAAGAUCAAAAAGCAAACCGAAAGGACUUUUCCACAAAAAUCUGGGAGUAUGAAUGAGGUCAGCGACAUAGAGGAUGAUUUGGCUGACUCUCAGAAAUCCAACAAGCUCUCCGAGGUGUAUUCCACCACAAUCCCCAGCGUGGAUAGUGCCAUGGAAUCCUGGGAUGGCUCGGGUAUUGAUACAGAAUAUGGAAGCCAAGUAGGUACCUACUUGCCACAGGCUGUUGGCAUUGCUCUUCAUCCCCAUGAAUGGAGAUCCAGCAGGCAGAAGAGCAGUACUCCUCCUGGAGACCCCAGGAAGAGCUACCCUUUUAUGCAUGGCGGUUUCAAUGAGGAAGACUGGGAGAAGCCCAGCAGAUAUCCCACCCGCCAAAAUGGCCUUGAGAUGCCACAUGAGGAUAAUUUUUGGCGCGUUUUUGGAGAAGCUUUGGAGGACUUGGAAACAUGCGGCCAGUCUGAACUUUUGAGGGAGAUUGAGGCAUCCAUCAUGACUGGGAGUGUACAUAAUCUGAGUCUUGAUGGGGGCAAGUUGCCCAGGAACUCUGUGAACCAGUCAGGACUGAGCCCAGCAAGGAAAAGUAACCUCAAGAGCUCAGGUGAAGGGCAGAGCAACAGCAGCGUGACCCCUACCAAGAAUGACAAGAAUUUGGAGAUAAAGAUGAUAAAGGAUGAGAUUCAAGAAAUCAUGUCUCCAACUCCUCUUGAGCUGCAUAAAAUGACAAUUUACAAGGAUCCAGAGACUGAAGACUUUGGGUUCAGUGUCUCCGAUGGCUUGCUAGAAAAGGGUGUCUAUGUGAAUAUGAUCCGUCCAGCUGGGCCAGCUGACCAAUGUGGACUCAAGCCUUAUGACAGAGUCCUCCAGGUGAAUUGUAUCCGUACAAGGGACUUUGAUUGCUCCCUGGCUGUUCCUCUGAUAUCCGAGGCAGGAAAUAAGCUGGACCUUGUAAUCAGUCGAAAUCCCCUGGCUUUCAUUGCCAAUACUUGUCUACAGGAGCCAAGAAGUUUUCCAGACCAGCAGUCAGUUGGAGGGGAGGUGAAGACAAGCGCGCAGACACUCUGAAGUGAAGAAUGGGAGGGUUUGAUGUCAGCUGUUCUCACAGUUCUGUGGGGGCAAAGGGAUUAAUGGGUGUCUGUUGUGUGGUGUGUGAGGGUUUUUGUUUUGACUGUUGUUCAUUUGUUUUCUUUUGCACUCGUAUUUAUGCUUAAUCUGUGUAAUGUCAGCUGCUGUGAAGAAAUGUUUCCUCUCCCCCAACCAGUCACAUUUUGAAGCCAAUGCAACUUGGCUUUGAGGGUUCAAGCUGAGAUGGAUUGAUCUAGUAAGGGAUGGAGUUGGCUGCUGACAGCAACACCCAGAAUAAUUUGCCUACAGGAGAACAUCCUUACUCACGAUAUGAGUGUUUCCAAUGCAUGGGAUGAUAGGGCACACAUUUCUUUUCCCCAGUCUUGAAGGAGUUGGAUACAUGGUGCUGUUUUUGUUUGCUUUGUUUAAUCAAGUAAAGUUAAUCUUAAAACGGAUCCCCUCAUUUUUUGUGAAGGACACUUGGGCCCUUUCUCCAAUUCCCCUGCACAUUCUCACAGAUCACUGUAUCACACGUCUCUUUGAAACUAAGAGCACAUUUUAUUUUUGGGUUUAAUUUAAAAGGCAACCUGUUCAUCACAGAAGAUGAAGCUCUGACGAAUACUUUCCCCAUAAUGUCUGAGGCAUUUAUUCUUUGGGAGGUUGCAGAAAUACUUUUCAACUUCAAAAUACUGUCCAGCUUAGUUUCUUACUAAGUUUCUUAUUCUCCAUCUACCAUUUCUUGAAAGUACUUAUUGUAGAGCAUUACAUGGGGAAGAUGAAGUCUCUUGGGCCACCCAUUUCUUUGUGGGCACACACAGAGCCCCAGAAUUGUUCCCUGAUGCCCUCUCUCUAUAUGCUUAUGAGUGGGCAGCUGAACAUGGGUCACUUGCAUCAAACUCUUGUCUCACCCUUAAUGUUCUGUAUGAUGGUGGUGGUGGUGGUGGUGGU